UGUGACGUCAUAUCACCGGCGUCUGUUGUGAUUCAGCUGAAGAAAGAACGUCCAAACACAGAGAAACUCUGCUGAAGCGACUGAGAUCCACGGGACACUAUUAUUAUAAAGAUGGCGUUUAUUAAAGUAGAGAGUGAAGACCUGAAGAUUGAAGAAGUAUUCAGCAUCAAACAAGAAGAAACUGAGGAACAAACAGGUCUAAAGACACUGAAAGAGGAGAGUGAAGCUCCGAAUGAAACGGAUGAGAAAUAUAAGCUUGAGAAACAUUACGAGUUCAUAACUGAAGAAAAACCAUUUACUAGCUCACAGGCUGAAAAGAAAAGAACCUGCGAAAAGAAGAAAUUUACCUGUCAACAGUGUGGAAAGAGUUUCACUAAAAAAGUAAGCCUUGAGAGGCACAUGAGAACUCACACCGGAGAGAAGCCUUUCCCCUGUCAACAGUGUGGAAAAACUUUCAACCGAAAAGGAACCCUUAAAAUCCACAUGAGAGUUCACACUGGAGAAAAUCCUUUCACCUGUCAACAGUGUGGAAAAACUUUCAACCAAAAAGGAACCCUUAAAAUCCACAUGAGAGUUCACACUGGAGAAAAUCCUUUCACCUGCCAACAGUGUGGAAAAACUUUCAACCGAAAAGAAACCCUUAAAAUCCACAUGAGAGUUCACACUGGAGAAAAUCCUUUCACCUGCCAACAGUGUGGAAAAACUUUCAACCGAAAAGGAAACCUUAACGUCCACAUGAGAGUUCACACUGGAGAAAACCCUUUCCCCUGUCAACAGUGUGGAAAGCGUUUUACUCACAAAGCAAACCUUAAGAGGCACAUGAGACUUCACACCGGAGAGAAGCCUUUUACCUGUCAUCAGUGUGGAAAUGGUUUUAAUCAAAAAGCACACCUUAUCCCACACAUGAGAACUCAUACCAGAGAGAAGCCUUAAACAUGCCAAUAAUGUAGAAACCGUUUCAGUUGUAGGAAACCUUAAAACCCUGUUGAGAGUUCACACUGGAGAGAAAUCUUACACCUGCCAACAGUGUGGUAAGGUUUUAAUCAAAAAGCACACCAUGUCAGGCACAUGAUAACUCACACCAGAGAAAGUUUCAGUCAACUUUUAAAACCUGUAAGAAUUCACAUUGUAGGGAGGGUUUUGAUCAACUUGUUAUUAUUAUCAAACUUUAUUAUUCAUUUACAAUUUAUUUUGUUCAUGUGGCAGACGCUUUUAUCUAAACCAAAUUACAGUUGAGGAAAACAACAAGCGAUUCAUCAUAAGAUGCAAUAAACACAAGAAGUGCAUGUUGUACAAGGUUUCGGUCAUCAAUCAAAACCAUAAAUUUAGGACCGGAAUCCUGCAGGGUGAUCAUGACCCCAAAGUCGAGGGGCCUUAUAUCACCCUGAAGGGGUUUAUUCUGUGAUAACAACCCGCUGAAUGUACAUUAUCCCACUUGUUAAAUUGUUACUAAGCACAUAAGUUAUUAAUUGGACACAAAAUAUUGAGUUGAAUAUUUGUACAGUGUACAAUUUUAUAAAACAUUAUAGUACAGUGGUCAGGAUGGUACGUAUAUGUAAUGUUGCUGGUUGCGACAGCACUGCUGGACUGCAUUGUUUUCCAGCAGACUUUAAAAUUAUGCACCAGUGGUUGCAUGCACUUGGCCUGGAAGACCGCGAGUUCCCACCUAGAGCUGGAGUGUGCAAAGUGCAUUUUACACUGGAUUGAUUCUUCAACGCAGUGGAGGUGGAAAUCGGCUUCUCCACACAGCUCACACUGAAAAGCAACGCAGUGCAGAUCGCAAUGCGGGAGUUAAGGCCACAGCUUGAGCCAGCGGCUCGAAUUGAUAUGGCUCAGGCCCUGGCCCUGGCCCUGUGUCCACAGACACCUCGACAUCCUCCACUUCAGGUGAAGGUGGGGGAGAAAAGUCUCUACUUCAAAUGAACGCUCUGUUGCAAAGCGAAUUGUGUCACAACAAUCACUCUCCAUUUUAGCAACUCUAACAGCAGCUGUCAAAUAUUCCGUCACUGCGGGUCUCAGGUUCACGCCCCACCCGCUCAGCCCUGCCUUCGGUUCGUCCCCUGUAUCUCCGCUGUGCUCCACUUUUCAGCAUUUUUCAAAUAUUGCCAGUGGGUGGAGUCAGGCUCUGACCAGGGGUUUAGUUAUCCUUUAAUGAGCUUAACAAUAACCUGUAUUGUCUCUCUCUGUAUUAUCAACACAAGGAAGACUCAAGUCUAACAAAAUAAAUGUUAUUAACAAAAGAUAAAGAGUAAUCUACAUCUGCUAAAUGUAUACCAUGAAUGCGUCAACUAAUGUGGUGCACUCGGCUAAUGCACUGGUUCCAAAACCAUGAGGUCGUGGGUUCGAAUCCAGGGUGGGUCAGGUUGAUUUGUUGUCCUGAUGUAAAUUCCGUUUUAAUGGGUGGUGUUAGCGCAGUGGAUAAGACACAUGCCUUUGGUGUGAGAGACCCGAUUUCGAAUCCACUCUGAGACACCAAUGUGUCCCUGAGCAAGACACUUAACCCCUAGUUGCUCCAGAGGCAUGCAACCUCUGACAUAUAUAGCAAUAAGUUGCUUUGGAUAAAAGCGUCAGCUAAAUGAAUAAAUGUAAAUGUAAUGAAUGACAAAGGAAUAAAGUGCAUAAGAUGCAAGUUAGGUGUUGUUAUAUCAGAGUACUGUUAUCGAAUGCAAAGAUAAACUUGCUUUCUGAAACUAGCCUUGAUCACAGAGCGCUAUAGGUGCUGAUCUCCUGGAACAGAAAAGGGUCCUUAAUCUGAAACACGCAGACGAAAGUACCUUGGCGUGAAGGUACCUUGGAGCUUAACCUUGGUGCAAAUUUCUGUAUGUCAAGUCAAUAAACCUUAAUUUAUAUAGCGCUUUAAACAAAAUACAUUGUGUCAAAGCAACUGUACAACAUUAAUUAGGAAAACAGUGUGUCAAUAAUGAAAAAUGACAGUUUAAGGCAGUUCAUCAUUGAAUUCAGUGAUGUCAUCUCAGUUCUGUUUAAAUAGUGUCUGCAAUCAUUUGCAAUCAAGUCAACAAUAUCACUGUAGAUGAAGUGACUUAUGUCUUCUGCCUCUCUGGGCUGGAGAUUUAGAACUUGGUCAACCCACUUCUGCCUCUCUGGGCUAGAGACUCAGAACUUGGUCAAUCCACUUAUGCCUCUCUGGGCUAGAGACUCAGAACUUGGUCAAUCCACUUCUGGCUCUCUGGGAUGGAAACUCAGAACUUGGUCAACCCACUUAUGCCUCUCUGGGCUAGAGACUCAGAACUUGGUCAAUCCACUUCUGCCUCUCUUGGCUAGAGACUCAGAACUUGGUCAAUCCACUUCUGCCUCUCUUGGCUAGAGACUCAGAACUUGGUCAAUUCACUUCUGCCUCUCUGGGAUAGAGACUCAGAACUUGGUCAAUCCACUUCUGCCUCUCUGGGCUAGAGACUCAGAACUUGGUCAUCCACUUCUGCCUCUCUGGGCUAGAGACUCAGAACUUGGUCAAUCCACUUCUGCCUCUCUGGUCUAGAGACUCAGAACUUGGUCAAUCCACUUCUGCCUCUCUGGGCUAGAGACUCAGAACUUGGUCAUCUACUUCUGUCUCUCUGGGCUAGAGACUCAGAACUUGGUCAAUCCACUUCUGCCUCUCUGGUCUAGAGACUCAGAACUUGGUCAAUCCACUUCUGGCUCUCUUGGCUAGAGACUCAGAACUUGGUCAAUCCACUUCUGCCGCUCUGGGUUAGAGACUCAGAACUUGGUCAAUCCACUUCUGCCUCUCUGGUCUAGAGACUCAGAACUUGGUCAAUCCACUUCUGGCUCUCUGGGAUGGAAACUCAGAACUUGGUCAACCCACUUCUGCCUCUCUGGGCUAGAGACUCAGAACUUGGUCAAUCCACUUCUGGCUCUCUGGGAUGGAAACUCAGAACUUGGUCAACCCACUUCUGCCUCUCUGGGCUAGAGACUCAGAACUUGGUCAAUCCACUUCUGGCUCUCUGGGAUGGAAACACAGAACUUGGUCAAUCCACUUCUGCCUCUCUGGGCUAGAGACUCAGAACUUGGUCAAUCCACUUCUGCCUCUCUGGGCUAGAGACUCAGAACUUGGUCAAUCCACUUCUGGCUCUCUGGGAUGGAAACUCAGAACUUGGUCAAUCCACUUCUGCCUCUCUGGUCUAGAGACUCAGAACUUGGUCAAUCCACUUCUGCCUCUCUGGGCUAGAGACUCAGAACUUGGUCAAUCCACUUCUGCCUCUCUGGUCUAGAGACUCAGAACUUGGUCAAUCCACUUCUGGCUCUCUGGGAUGGAAACUCAGAACUUGGUCAAUUCACUUCUGCCUCUCUUGGCUAGAGACUCAGAACUUGGUCAAUUGACUUCUCCCUCUCUGGGAUAGAGACUCAGAACUUGGUCAAUUCACUUCUGCCUCUCUGGGAUAGAGACUCAGAACUUGGUCAUCCACUUCUGCCUCUCUGGGCUAGAGACUCAGAACUUGGUCAUCCACUUCUGGCUCUCUUGGCUAAAAACUCAGAACUUGGAUCAAUUCACUUCUGCCUCUCAUGGCUAGAGACUCAGAACUUGGUCAUCCACUUCUGGCUCUCUGGGAUGGAGACUCAGGACAAGCUGGAUCUGUUGUGUUGCUGAAUGAAGACUCUGCAUGAAGGGUAUCUGUUGAUGCAGGGGUGGGCCAUUAAUUUUCCCAAGGGGACACAUGAGAAACUGGGGCGGUUGUUGGGGGCUGGAUCAAUACACUUGUGAUGUGUAGGGAGAGGCCAAGAGCCAUGGGAUGGAGCGAGGCUGGUGGAGUAAAUGAAAAUGUGUGACACCUGCUCCACUCACUGAUCUCCAGUCCCAUGGAGGAGCUCCGGAAGGAUAAAAGGAGGAGUGACUAGAGAGGACCAGUCCUGGAUUUUAUGUUUUUGUUUUUGUAUCUGUUUGUGUGCAGCAGUCAUCUGUGAUGGGGCUGUUAUGCUAUUUUAAGUUUUGUGUUUAUUUUAUUAUUAAUGUUUUGUUUAAAUGUUUGCAGGUUCUCGACUCCUCAUUCCUGAUGUACAAUCUCUUACAACACUAAGUUCUGCCUAGAGUAUCUCUUUACUAAAAAUUUGUAAGUGAAAGAUUACAAUGAAAACAAUCAAAAUGGGAGCACACACAAAAGGGCCUUUCGCACCACUUUAGUGUUGUACAUUUAGUUCUGGAACUAAAGUACUGGGACAAUUUUGUGGCUACUAUUUCCCAAUACCAUUUAAAGGGGUUGCAUAUGCACCAACAGUGUGUGCUAGGAUGUGCAGGGCAUUCAACAACACAGAACAACGUUAACAACAGGAUCGGAGCUGUUUUUGUUGUGUGUCGCAGGUUUCACAAUAAUGGACAUGGAAUGUCAACGUAUACGUGAAACAAUUGAAAGAAUGGAAAGGAGGACUAAGAAUCUCCAAUGACAACUGGCAGUUCAACAUUUGCUACACGUGCCUGCACUUCGGCGUCUGUCCAUCUAUCACUUUUCUCCAUACUUGUAAAAUAAGUUGACAUGUUUAAAGUAUGUUUACACAGCGAACAGCAUUUUCGAACAUGUCUGGCCAAUCAAUGUAUACUUUUGUAGUACCAGUUGUGCUGGUUAGACCUUGCUCCCGAAUAGGAGCUAAUUUGGUUCUCGAAAAAGGCAGUCCGGUACUAAAAAGCCAAAAAGUGGGUAGUUCCACAAUUAAAUCUGGUACUAUGAAAAGGUUCCUGCUGUGUGAAAGGCCCCAAUUCUAAAUAUAUCUUAUGAAAAUUCACACAAAGUUUUAAAAAUUUGGAUUUUUUUUUUAAGUUUUAAAAGCUAGCAUUAUAACUUUAUACAAAAAGCAAGUAUUUCAAAGAUCAUCAUCACAUUAACUGUAUAUUAAAAAACAAAAAAUGCUC